AUGAGCCCCAUGGACUAUCUGCACUUCAUUUUGCUUCUCGUCGGCCCACUUGCUGUGCUUGUUGGAUGCGGAGGAAAAAAGAAAGCACCACCACCAAAGUCUGCGUCCAAGAUGACUGCACCACCUGCUCCUGCACCAGCGCCUCCCGCUGCUCCAGAUGCAGCCCCUGCUGCUCCGGAUGCUGCAGCUGCACCAGCUGAUGGCGAGAAGAAAGAUGGUGAUAAGAAGAGUGAGAAGAAGGAAGGAGAGGAAAAGAAGGACGAAAAAAAGGAAGGAGAUGAGAAGAAGGAUGGCGAUGACAAAAAGGACGAGAAGAAGGAUUUUAAAAAAUGAUAAGAAGGAUGGAGAGAAAAAGAGUGAGAAAAAAGAUGAAAAGAAGGACGACAAGAAGGACGACAAGAAGGAUGGAAAGAAGGACGAGGAAAAGAAGGAUGACGAGAAAAAGGACGACAAGAAAGAAGAUGACAAGAAGGAUGACAAGAAGGAUGAGAAAAAAGAUGAUAAGAAGGAAGCCAAAUCCAAGUCGAAGAAGUCCAACAAGUCCAAGAAAUCCAAGAAGUCUAAGAGAGAGAAGAAGGAUGAUAAGAAAGAUGAGGAUAAGAAGGACGACGACAAAAAUGAUGACAAAAAUGAUGACAAAAAGGAUGACGACAAGAAAGACGAUGAUAAAAAGGAUGACGAGAAGAAGGAGUGAACAGAAUCCUAUCGAACUAACUCUUCAUACUCUGAAAUGCCUUUUAUUUACUUGUUAA